UCUGCGUCGCCAUCCCGGCCCUGCUGGACCCCGGGGACAGUAGGAAGCCGCGGGGUGGUGGCGAGAGAGGACCCAGGUGUCCCGACAGUGAGCGCCGCGGGGCACAGGCUGGGCCAAGGUGCAGGCGGCCAGGGUGGGAGACUGUUCGCCCCGCCCUGACUCCUCCUCUCUUCUCUGCCAGUCCAGGGGUCGGAGAUGUGCAGCUAAAGAAAGCGCAUCUGGGGACGGACAUAUCUGGCACUGCAGCCCUCGCCACCUGCCUCUCCACCCACCGAGGCCCUGGCGACCCUGGCCCCACCACGCUACCUUGAGAGUCGCUCGAAAGUAGGGCCCCAGGGCUCGCAGCAGCAUGGGCACCGAGAAAGAAAGCCCAGAGCCCGACUGCCAGAAACAGUUCCAGGCUGCAGUGAGCGUCAUCCAGAACCUGCCUAAGAACGGUUCUUACCGCCCCUCCUAUGAAGAGAUGCUGCGAUUCUACAGUUACUACAAGCAGGCCACCAUGGGGCCCUGCCUGGUCCCCCGGCCUGGAUUCUGGGACCCCAUUGGACGAUAUAAGUGGGACGCCUGGAACAGUCUGGGCAAGAUGAGCAGGGAGGAGGCCAUGUCUGCCUACAUCACUGAAAUGAAACUGGUGGCACAGAAGGUGAUCGACACAGUGCCCCUGGGUGAGGUGGCAGAGGACAUGUUUGGUUACUUCGAGCCCCUGUACCAGGUGAUCCCUGACAUGCCGAGGCCCCCAGAGACCUUCCUGAGAAGGGUCGCAGGUUGGAAAGAGCAGGUUGUGAAUGGAGAUGCUGGGGCUGUUUCAGAGCCUCCCUGCCUCCCCAAGGAACCGGCACCCCCAAGCCCAGAGUCCCAUCCACCCAGAGACCUGGACUCCGAGGUUUUCUGUGAUUCCCUGGAGCAGCUGGAGCCUGAGCUGGGUUGGGCAGAGCAGCGGGCAGCAUCUGGAGGAAAACGUGAUCCCAGGAACAGCCCCGUGCCCCCUACAGAGAAAGAGGCCGCAGCCCAGGCCCAGUGCUCGGCCAUGGCCCCUUGGGCUCCCGGGGCCCACGCUGCUGUUCUUCCUCCUGUGGCCCUUCGUCGUCCAGUGGCUCUUCCGAAUGUUUCGGACCCAAAAGAGGUGACUGUCAUUGGAGGGGUCUCUGCAGCCAACUGAGACUAUCUUGUGUGCCAUGAGCCUUCCUAGGGUUUAGAAGAACAGCAUUCAAAAUUCCCCCUCCUGUCAGUGUUUGCCUUCGCACCUCCUCCCCUAACGCAGCGCGGGGUGCAAAUAAGACCCCACCCCUCCCUGCGCCUUCAUAGGGACGCUUCCUUCCCUCCCCGCAACCACCCCAGGCUUCCCUGGGAGGCUGCAGUUGUGGUGCACGUCCCCGGUGCUGGGUUGGCCGUGACUCGGGGGCGGGGCUAUCGGGUCUCAGCCCCUGCCCUCCCCACCCUCUGGGUCACCUGACUCUCUUCCCACCCCUGCUUCUCCCCGAGGAGGUUCAGCUCUUGGGCAAGUUGGGACUCGGGCCGGGGCCUGGAAGAAUGAUUGGCUGGGAGGCUGCGGGAGGGAGGCCAGGAGGCCCCGACCAGUUGGGAGGAGGGAGCAGGCCCCGGGGGAGGGGGAUGAGCGCAGUUUGCUCGUCUUCCUCCCCUGCCGGCCCCCUCCGCCCCCACACACACUCAGGACGUCUUCACUGAAGAUUCACUUACAAACGAAUGUUUCACUCAAUAAAAGAAAACCAUAA